UUGCUGGGACUGCACACCUCAGGUAUAAAACCUGAUGGGAAAUAGCACCAGAACUGGACAUCUGUCAAGAAAACUUUGCACAGCAAUGGAUGGCAGAUCUGUUGCUGUCGCUUUGGUUCUCUAUCUGGUCUCAAUAGCAGGGUCAGAAGGUAAGGCCCUGGAAAAAACCAAGGAAAAAGGCUCCCAGUGCCAGUGCAUAAGCACUCAUUCCAAGUUCAUCCCUCCCAAGACGGUUCAGGAUGUGAGAUUAAGCCAAAGAGGACCUCACUGCAAAAAUGUGGAAAUCAUAGCUACACUGAAAGACGGCAGGGAAGUGUGUCUGGAACCCACUGCGCCCUGGGUCCGGCUCACUGUAAAGGUUCUGCUGGCCAGGGCCAAGGACAAUACUGAGCCACCAGUCAGAGAGAAGUCAAGGAAAAAUACACUUUGGAAUUCUUCAAGGAUAUGA